UUUCUAGUGGGCAAGCUAUAAAGCGUUUGUCUACUUGAAUUUUUCUGUAACACAAAAGGUUAGAAGCAAAGAGACAGAGGACUUAGAAAAAAAAAAGGGAAUCUCUUUGUGUUGCAGAGGGAUUUUAAUUUGAUUUUGUAAGCAACAAAACAGUUGAGUGAUUUGAGAGAAAUGGAGAUUGAGAGUGAAAUGAAGCAGUCAAGGUUUGGGAGGAUUUGUGUGUUUUGUGGGAGUAGCCAAGGCAAGAAGAGUAGCUACCAAGAUGCUGCCAUUGAGCUUGGCAAGGAACUGGUUUCGAGGAACAUUGAUCUGGUCUAUGGAGGAGGCAGCAUAGGCCUAAUGGGUUUGGUUUCACAAGCUGUUCAUGAUGGUGGUCGGCAUGUUAUUGGAGUUAUUCCCAAGACGCUCAUGCCUCGAGAGUUAACUGGUGAAACAGUGGGGGAAGUGAAGGCAGUUGCAGGCAUGCACCAAAGGAAGGCAGAGAUGGCUAAGCAUUCGGAUGCCUUUAUUGCCUUACCCGGUGGUUAUGGAACUCUGGAAGAGUUACUUGAAGUGAUAACAUGGGCUCAACUUGGAAUUCAUGAUAAACCGGUGGGAUUGCUGAAUGUUGAUGGAUACUACAACUCCUUGCUAUCAUUUAUUGAUAAAGCUGUGGAAGAGGGAUUUAUUAGCCCCAGUGCACGCCACAUAAUUAUAUCAGCACCAACAGCAAGGGAGUUGGUGAAGAAAUUGGAGGAUUAUGUCCCAUGUCAUGAAAGAGUUGCUUCAAAGUUGAAUUGGGAGAUGGAGCAGCUUGGCUACACACAAGAAUAUGAUAUCUCUAGGUGAUCAUGGGCUUGCAGCAUUCAGACACACUAAGCUUGUUGGAAUUUUGGAAGUUGAAGAAGCUAAUUUGUAGAACUCUAAAUUUCUGAUAUGGGGAUUUUUUUUUUCCUUUUCUUUUUUUUUCCUUGUGUAAAUUAUUGCAAUUGACCCCACUAUGUGAAGUUUCAAUAUUCCCUUCUGUGGAAAUUUCC